GUUCUGGAACCAGGAUCAGAACUCGGGAGUUUUGCAUCCUCCCGGGCCAGACAAUGGCUUUGUGGGCCUUGGGGCUUCUGAUGAACAGCAGCUUGUGGGGCAUCAGUGGGGUGCAGCGGCCCCGGUGGUAUUACGGGGGCAUGGACUUCCCUUUCGGGGUGACUUUAGCCACCUCCCCGACAAUGCUGGGCUUCCCUUUCAGCCCUCAGCCGCUGCUUUACUACUGCUACUGGGUCAUCAUCGGCAUUUUAGCCAUUACGACCAUCUCCGCCAUCGUCCACUUCACCAAACAAUUUCUCCGGGCCCAGAAGGUAUUUUGGGGGGUGGGUUAUUUAUUGGGGGGCAGAGAGAGAGAUAGAAGGCAGAAAUAGGCACACAGCCCCUGGAGAAUCUCCUCCUCUCCAGAAUUUUUUCCCAAGCAAUCUGAGACUAUGCCUGCCGGAAGCCCACCUCUCUACGCCCUUUUCAUGCCUCUCCUGGUUCUGUGAGACGCCGAAAAGAGGGGAGUUUAUUGUAGCAGAAGCAGGAGGAGACACCCGUGAGACCUUUAGGCACCAGGCAAAACCUGAUGGACACCUGUUUAAAUGUGUUAUUGGCUGUUUCUUAGUUUUAACCAUGUAUUUUGUGGGGGGUUUUAUAUCACAAACUGCCCCGAGAUCUGCAGAUAAAAGGCAGUUUUUAAAUUUAAUAAAUAACGCCAAGCAAGGCUGGUGGUUCGGCAGCAUCUGGCAGGCCAAAGGUUCCACACACCUGUUGCCUUGUACUGACAAAACUAGAGAGAGACAGUGCGGUGUAGUGGUUAUGGACCUGGAAUAGGACCUAGGAGACCAGGGUUCCAACCCCCACUUGGAAAUUUGCUGGGGGGGGGUGGAGGUGGUAGCCCUGGGCUAGCCGCUGUCUCUCAGCUGAACCCACACCGUGGAGGAAUUGUCGCGGGCCUGUGGAACUCCCUGCCUCAUGAUUCACAGAUGCCUUGGAAAACGCUUUCAGUCUGUCACUCUCUCUUCCUGAGGGUCAUUCCACCGAUAAAGGGAGAAAGCAAGAGGUUACUCAACGCUCUCUUUCUCCCCUUCUCUCCCCCCAAACUCCCCGAUUCGCAGCAGCAAGACAAAAGGGAGCCGUCUCAGCAAGGAGACCCCGAAGAGAAAGCUCUGGUGGAGGUGUUGCACCUGUUGGACGCCGUGAUGGAGACCAUGUGGCACCACCAGCUCCGCCUGGAGAGGAGGCAGAGGGCAGCUAAGGCUUCCAGCUGAGCUGGGAGGCAGAGAGAGAGAGAACUGGAAUAAAACAGACGCGAAAACUACAC